GGGGGGGGGGGGGGGGGGGGAGGUGGGAGGAGCCUCCAGCCCAGGGGGUGAUGUGGGCGGAACCCUGUGGGCGGAUCUGGGUGGAGACCGCGGCUGAACGAACCCGGGAUGGAGGGUUGGCCACGCAGGCGCGGGGGGCAGCGCCGAGAACCCCACGCGGGAGCUUCGGGAGUCUCCAGCCACCCCUUCUCACUUCACUGGAGAAGGGGCUGCGGCCGGGAGGGACCUAUUAAAGAGUGAAUGAGCUGCAGCCGCCGUGGCGGCCAGAGUCUGCCCAAGCGGCCCCGGAGCUGUGCGCCCGGGAGGCGGCGAGGGGAGGCGGUUCGCCUUGUCCCUCCCACCCGCCCUUCUCGCGCUCUCUUCCUCCAGCAGGUCCCAGAGCCCGGCUCGGUCCGGUCCCUCUGCCCCCAUCCCGCACUCUUCCACCUCCUCCGAGACCCAGUCCUCACCUAGGGCGCCCCGCACGGCCAUGGGUUAGGGCGGGGGCGCGAGCCGCGCAAAGGACCAGCCCUGUGCAUCCGCCGGGGGGCGCGGAGCCCGAACGCCGCUCGCCGCUCGCCGGCGCCAGGCAUGGGGAGCGCGGCGUGAGCCCGCACCCAGGGAGGACGGAGGAGCUGCGGAGACGGGCGCGAGGAGGAGGAGCAGGAGAGCGGUGGAUCGGAAGGACCCGAGGGAGGAAGGGAGGGACUGCAAGCGAGGGAAAAGUGAAGCUGGGAGGAGAAGGCGGCGGAAGGUGGGGAUUGAUGCUUCUGUUUUUUGUUGCCGCUGCUGCCCUCGCGCUGGGAGCCGAGCCGGAGGGAAGGCAGUGGAGAGAUGAUUGCAGAGUUGGUGAGCAGCGCUCUGGGGCUCGCCUUGUAUCUCAACACCCUGAGUGCGGAUUUCUGCUAUGAUGACAGCCGUGCCAUCAAGACAAAUCAGGACCUUCUCCCUGAAACGCCGUGGACCCACAUUUUCUACAAUGAUUUUUGGGGGACGCUUCUAACCCACAGUGGCAGCCACAAGUCCUACAGGCCACUCUGCACUCUUUCUUUCCGCCUGAACCAUGCCAUCGGAGGCUUGAACCCCUGGAGCUACCAUCUCGUCAAUGUCCUACUGCACGCGGCCGUCACGGGUCUCUUCACCAGCUUCUCCAAGGCGCUCCUGGGGGAUGGGUACUGGACCUUCCUGGCUGGCUUGAUGUUCGCCUCGCACCCCAUCCACACGGAGGCCGUGGCGGGCAUCGUGGGCCGGGCCGACGUGGGGGCCAGUCUCUUCUUUCUCCUCUCCUUGCUCUGCUACAUGAAGCACUGCUCCACCAGAGGCUCCUCGGCCAGGACCUGGGGCUGGUUCCUGGGGACCGGCCUGUGUGCGGGAUGCAGCAUGUUGUGGAAGGAGCAGGGGUUGACGGUCCUGGCGGUUUCGGCCGUGUAUGACGUCUUCGUGUUUCACAGGCUGAAGGUGAGAGACGUCUUCCCCACCCUUUGCAAGAGGAAGAACUUGUCUCUUUUUCUCAGCAUUAGUUUGUUAACGUUUUGGGGCACCUCCCUUUUGGGUGCCCGUUUAUACUGGAUGGGAAACAAACCACCGAGCUUCUCCAACUCUGACAACCCCGCCGCCGAUUCGGAUAGCCUCUUGGCUCGCACUCUCACCUUCUUGUACCUGCCAACCAAGAACCUUUGGCUCUUGCUCUGCCCGGACACUCUCAGUUUUGAUUGGUCCAUGGAUGCCGUGCCUCUGCUCAAGACGAUCUGUGAUUGGAGAAACCUCCACACGGUGGCCUUCUAUGCUGGACUCCUCCUCCUCGCCUACUACGGUUUGAAGAGCCCAAGAGGAGACCGAGAAUGCAAUGGGAAAUUUGCAGCAAAUGGCAAGCAGAAUGCAAAUGGACAUAGCUGCCUUUCGGAUGCGGAGUACCGGAACUCAGAGAUUAAGCCCAGCUUUGCAUCCAAAGUAGAAAAUGGCAUUAAAAAUACUGCAUCACAGAGAACCCAGCUUCCUUCUACCGAGAACAUUGUUGUUCUGUCUUUGUCUUUGCUAAUAAUACCUUUUGUUCCUGCCACGAACCUGUUUUUCUAUGUUGGCUUUGUCAUUGCAGAGCGAGUAUUGUAUAUUCCUAGUAUGGGCUUCUGCCUCCUCAUUACCGUGGGUGCCAGAGCCCUUUAUGUCAAAGUCCAAAAGCGGUUUCUCAAGAGCUUGAUUUUUUAUGCCACAGCUACGUUAAUUGUUUUCUAUGGACUCAAGACGGCAAUCAGGAACGGAGACUGGCAGAAUGAGGAAAUGCUGUAUAGGUCAGGGAUAAAAGUAAACCCAGCCAAAGCGUGGGGUAACCUUGGAAAUGUUUUGAAGAGUCAGAGCAAAAUUUCCGAAGCUGAAAGCGCCUAUAGAAACGCUUUGUACUAUCGAAGCAACAUGGCUGACAUGCUUUAUAAUUUAGGGUUACUUCUCCAAGAGAACAGCAGGUUUGCAGAAGCCCUUCAUUAUUAUAAAUUGGCGAUCGGGAGCAGGCCUACCCUGGCUUCUGCGUAUUUAAACACCGGCAUUAUUCUAAUGAACCAAGGAAAGACAGAAGAAGCCCGCCGCACGUUCCUCAAGUGCUCCGAGAUCCCCGACGAAAAUCUCAAGGACCCUCACGCCCACAAGAGCUCGGUCACCAGCUGUCUCUACAACCUGGGGAAGCUCUAUCACGAGCAGGGACAUUACGAGGAUGCCCUUAGUGUGUACAAGGAGGCAAUCCAGAAAAUGCCAAGGCAGUUUGCCCCACAGAGCUUGUACAACAUGAUGGGCGAAGCGUACAUGCGAUUAAGCAAGCUCCCCGAGGCUGAGCACUGGUACAUGGAGUCUCUGAGAUCCAAGACGGACCACAUCCCUGCUCAUCUCACCUACGGAAAACUGCUGGCACUCACAGGUCGUAAGAGUGAGGCUGAAAAGUUCUUCUUGAAGGCUAUUGAGCUGGAUCCCACCAAAGGAAACUGUUACAUGCAUUAUGGUCAGUUUCUUCUGGAAGAAGCUCGCCUCAUCGAAGCAGCCGAGAUGGCCAAAAAGGCAGCUGAACUGGACAGCACGGAGUUUGACGUGGUCUUCAAUGCUGCCCACAUGCUCAGACAGGCUAGCCUCAAUGAAGCAGCUGAGAAGUAUUAUGAUCUGGCAGCCAGGCUGAGGCCUAAUUAUCCGGCGGCUCUGAUGAAUCUGGGAGCCAUCCUGCACCUCAACGGCAGGCUCCAAAGGGCCGAGGCCAACUACCUGCGGGCCCUGCAGCUCAAGCCAGAUGACGUCAUCACGCAGUCCAACCUCCGCAAACUCUGGAACAUCAUGGAAAAGCAAGGCUUAAAGACCUCCAAAACCUGACACGGGAGGGCAGCCCCUACCUCGUCCUCUUCCAUACCCUAAGGCUGGCUUCACGGACGCACAGAAUUUCCCCGCAGUGCUGUGGCAAGAGCUAGUUUGGACUUCACGGCCCAGGGCAGAGAUCACUGAGGUUGCUGCCCCUUCUGGAAGUACCCACUUUGCUUUUGGCACAGCCGCUACCACCAAAAAAGGGGAAUGUUGGAAACCUCCUAUAGGACGUAAUUGUUACCCAUAGAACCGUAAACCAGAGCACUUAAAUCAGCAUCUUUUAGCAUCUGAAAUAGGGGAGGGGGGCCUCAGUUGCAAAUGUUGUUCAUUUUUGAAAGGUAACUUCGAAAUUGUACUGUUCCUUAAACACUGUGAGAGGAAGACAGAGUGCCUGUGCAGCCACCCUGCACUGUCAAGGUCACGUGUUCAUAGGGAGUGAUUGAAAAGGGGGGUGGAUCCUGGGAAGCCGGCCGGUUGUCCUGACGCUGCUGUCUUCCCUCUUUGGGACAGCCUGCCUAUCAUUUUCUAAAACUUAGAGAACUUUUUUUUUUUUUUUAAUAGUGUAUCAGGAUCUGUCAGAGUCUACCUUUGUUUCUGGACUAGUGCCCAUAAGGUUUUAUGAUUCAGCUGUCAUUGUCCUUUGGGGCAUUCCUUUGCUUUUCAUAUGCUGAAAAGGGUGAGCAGGUGGAAAGCAAGCCACGUUUCUCACUGGUGUUGUAGGAGGGGCUGGGGAGGCCUUAUGUGUGUCAGGCAGGCAUUUUUUACACUGAUGUCACCAACAUGCUCCACCCCCCAAAAAAAAACAAAAAUGCCUAGGAGAAUCCAUUGUAUUAAUUCUUGGGCUUUUGAAAUUGCCUUUUGAAAUGGCUGUUCCUGGUUACUGCUCAUACUUAUUUAGGGAGUAAAUCAAAAGGAAGCUUAA